GAUUAAAUAAUAUCAUUAAAGCUUUGGAUAUAUAUAGACGUGACUGCAUCUCUUUAGGUGUACUUGGACGGGCUGUGAAUAAAAUGAUCUAAUGCUUUUAAUGUUCAUGUAGCUAUGCCAUAUAUCAAACUAGUUUGGGUACAUAUAUAUAUUUACAUAUAAAACAUAUAUAUAUAUACGACGAUACUGCUGCGAGAAACUUAUAAGCAAGCCGCUACAUCUAGUAAGUAUAUGAGAGUUUUGUAGUCAGUAAAAUAAAUAAAAUAGCUAAAAAUAGAUAUAGUGAAAAGUAAAGCAAUUGUUGCUUAGACGUCUCCUUUUUAACAAUGUCAUUUUAUAUACAUUACAGCGGUUCGACAGCAUGUGUUGUAGUUUUAUGCGCAAGAUAUUUAUUGGUUGGUAAAAUGCACCGCAAAAUUUGUCCAUUUUUGUUACUUAUUGUCACGUUUACUCUUUUCGUGGAUUGCUCUGCCCGAUUAUUAAAAAUUCCGAAGCAUCACAAGGUUAAUUUUGCUUCACUGCUUCGUAAAGAACGAAUCGGCGGGAUUAGCAGGAUCAAAAACCCGCAGAAUGAACAAAUUCUUCCGAGGUUAAAUUUCCAGUCAACUUGCGCAAAAACGCUGGAAAUGUGUGGCAAUUUAAAACAAACGAAACCAGCAAGAUCUAACUGCGUAAAAAAGUGUUUGGGCAGUACUGGAAAAAAAAGUGAUCGGAAACACUGGGACAGGAGAAUGAAAAGAUCACCUCCGUUUAUAAACGGCAUACGACCUGUCGUCCGCAUAUCACCAGCACCUGCAGCUAUUGAAAUUUGCCCAACAGAAGUACAUUUGUCACAACCGAUCUCAGGCGAGCAUUGGUUGUCACGUGAAAGCGUCAUCCUCUACAGAAAUGCGUCUUCAGAGUUUUACUAUCAAAGUUUUCAGAUCGGUCUUUGCACAAAUAGUUCGCCGAUUUUUAGCGUCCGAAUUCCCCAGCACGCUGAUGCAGUUUGUCGACCCCUAAAAACGAAACAUCUCGCUUUCUUUUAUCUCAACCAAGAGCAAGUCAAUUCUGAAGUGUACAGUAAUAUUUCUUGUAAGACUGAUCACCCUGGAAGGUUUUUGUGUCGAGAUUGGGUUUACUUGCCAACAGAGUGUAAAUUAUUCGCUUGACAAAUAAAGUUUUGCAACUGUGA